AUGAAUAAACCUAUUUAUAGGGAGUAUCAAAAUCAUUAAGGUGACAAUGAGGAUCCCAAUAAUACAAAAAUGGUUCAAAUUACAGACGGUAACAGUUUAAAUAGAAUUAAUGAUACUCUAAAAGAUUCUAUUAAUGAUUUCAAUAAAUACUAAGUACAAAAUAUAUUUUCACCAUCCAAUAACAUGAAUGAUAGAAAAGAAUUAAAAGAUGACUCUUCCUAAGAUUCAAAACAUAUAUAAUUAGUUAUUUAAAAUAUCACUGAAUCGGAUAAAUUAAUUGAAAUCAAUACCACAGAUCACGGAGAAAAAGAGGAGAAUUCUAAGAUUUAAAGAGGCAUGUUAAGUUCAUAGACUAUUAAAUAUUAGAAAAAAAGAAUUUAAUUUAGAAAUCCUUAUUAUGAAUAAAAAUAAAGACCUAAAAAAGGAUUUAAUUGGAAUACAGAAGUUAUGAAGAAAUGGAAAAUGACUCUCAUUAUUGUUCUAUUUUUAUUGAGUUUAAAAAGAGGAUUGAAAAAUAAGAGAUAAGAGAAUAAAAUUACAUAAACACAAGAUAUAGAGAGAAAUAAAAAUGUUAAGUCUAAUUUUAGGUUAAGAAAUAUUGGACUUACAAUUCUUAAGUUAAUUUUCGGCAUUUCUUUAGCAUUACUAAUAAGUGUUUUACUUUUCCCUUUCAUUUUAAUAUCAGAUUUAUUUUUAAGGAUUUACACAUAUAACAAUUUAUAUGUGAGAUAUGCUCUAUCUCAUGAGAAUUUGUUUUAUAAAUUCAUUUUAUUGAUACAAUUAUAUAUGUAUGUGAUUGCAACAGGUAUUGCUGUAUUUACUAAUUUUUAUCAAUCAAUUAUCACAACAGUAGAAUUGAUAUACAAUAUAAUUGGAACGUUAUAAAAUAAUAUUUCAGAUCUCUCUAGAUUAUUAUUUUAAACUAUAUAAAAUCCAUUCUCAAAACAAAAAUGA